AUGCGACAACAACUCCUCCUGUGUUGGGCGAGCACUCUCGCUCUGAUGGUGCUUCCAUCAGAAUUUGCACUGAGCUCUGGUUGUGGAAAAUUUCUCCCAAGUGGCUUUUCGGCGGGUCAAACAACAUCAGUACCAGUUCCCGCGGCAAAUGGUCAACCCAUUCGUCACUACAAGGUGCACCUAUCAGCCAACUUUCAAAACAAUCGAGGACACGCUAUUGUCUUCUCCUUUCAUGGUCACAAUGGGGAUAUGGACAAACAAGAGGAUCUAUCUCAAUUAUCUCAAAAAGGUCUACUUAUCGACGGUGCAGGAAUCAUCGCUGUCUAUCCCAAGGGAAAGCUGGGAACGGAUGGACAGACUGCUUGGCAAGGUGCACCAUAUUCUGCUCCUGGUGUGGAUGAUGUAAGUUCAUUACGAUCUUCUUCCACCUAG